CCCGGGGCCCUGGGCAGCUCCAGGUGCAGGGCCCGCGCCGGCCGCCCUCCGCUGCCCGGGGCAUGUCUCUGCUCACCAACUACGAGGGGCUUCGGCAGCAGAUCGAGCGGCUGGUGCGGGAGAACGAGGAGCUGAAGAAGCUGGUGCGGCUCAUCCGGGAGAACCACGAGCUCAGGUCGGCCAUCAAGACGCAGGCGGCAGGCCUGGGCAUCAGCGGGUUCAGCGGCCGGCUCGGCGAGGCGGGGAGCGGCUCUGCUCCGUGCCAGGGUGUCUUCUUGUCCCCGUCCCUGGCCACAGCGGGUGAAUCUGUCCUGGAGGAAAUGGGGGUCGUGGCUUUGGCGCCCCUAGCUGAAAUGCUGAACAGCUCGCAGUCCAGUCCCCUGACGGGCCCUCUCAACACGCUGCUGUCCAGCCCAGGGCCCAUGUCACAGAGCACCCAGCUCACCAGCCUCCUGACAGGGCCCCUGGGCAGCCGCCUGACCAGCCCCAUUGCUGUGACCCCUGUGGGCACCCUGCCCAGUUCCCUGGGGCUGCCCUCCACUGGCUCCCUGACACCCAGUGGCCCCCUAGCAGCCCCCCUGGCCAUGUCCCAGGGGGGCCCCCUGACCAGCUCCCUGGGGUUGCCUUCGACAGGCCCCAUGUUGCCCAGCGGCCCCCUGGUGGACCCCCUCACCAUGCCCCAGGGGGGCCCCCUGACCAGCUCCCUGGGGCAGCCUUCGACAGGCCCCCUGAUGACCAGUGGCCCCCUGGUGGACCCCCUGGCCAUGUCCCAGGGCAACCCCCUGAUGGCCCCCAUGACUAGCCCCAUGGCCCUCUCUCUGGGCAGCCCCCUUUUCACCUCCACACCUGCAUCUCUUGGGGUCUCUCAGAAUCUCCUGGCCAACCCCAUGAGCAAUCUCGUGGCAUCGGAGACCCAGGGGGUGCGGCUGGCAGAGCCACCCCAGGGAGCCCCCGCGGCCCCCCACCCCUCGACCUGCACGGUGCCUGCCACGACCUCCAAAGCCCCAGUCACCACUGAGUACCCCCAGCCAACCCAGGACCCCGAGCCCCUCAAUGUGACAUUCGGGGGUGCGCCCAUCCAGCCCUCCAGCUCCAUCAGUGCUGCGGGCACAGCGGGCCCCACACCGGCCUUCUACGGCACCUCAGAUGCCUGCACCCAGCCUGGUGCCCCCCAGGGACCAGCCGUUCCUGCCUCUGUCCCCGCCUCCCAGACUGGCUCCCCCGCUGUCCCCCCCCCCCUCCUGCCCCCACCCCGGCUCCCUCAGCCACACACGAGCUGCCCCCCCUCCAGCACCACCCAGGUCGCCCAGGACACCCACCAGGCCCCCGCUCAGGCACACCACUCCCCCACACGGCCGCCACCCAGCUCCCGCUCCCCCCCACGCAACCCCCACUCCCCGCCUCGAGCCCCAUCCUCCGCGGCUGCUGUCCAGGGGACCCGGGCCCCACGCGGCCCAGACGUAGCCCGGAAGAGCACCCCAGACCCCGAGCGCAAGCUGACCCACCGCAAGACCUGCAAAUUCCCCGACGGCGCCCGAGAGCCGAAGCAGCCAGCCUGGGAGAGGCUGGUGGGGGAGAUCGCCUUCCAGCUGGACCGCAGGAUCCUGUCCAGCAUCUUCCCAGAGCGGGUGCGGCUGUACGGCUUCACCGUUUCCAACAUCCCCGAGAAGAUCAUCCAGGCCUCCCUGAACCCCCACGACCACAAGCUGGAUGAGGACCUCUGCCAGACCCUCACACAGCGCUACGUGGGCAUCAUGAACCGGCUGCAGAGCCUGGGGUACAACGGGCGCGUGCACCCCGCGCUGACGGAGCAGCUGGUGAACGCCUACGGCAUCCUGCGGGAGCGGCCCGAGCUGGCCGCGUCCGAGGGCGGCUCCUACACGGUGGACUUCCUGCAGCGCGUGCUGGUGGAGACGGUGCACCCCAGCGUGCUCACGGAUGCGCUGCUGCUGCUGUCCUGCCUCAGCCAGCUGGCGCGUGACGACGGCAAGCCCAUGUUCAUCUGGUGACCGCGGCCGCGCCCCAGCGGCAUUAAAGCUUCACAGCCACUGGCCGCGGCACAGGGGCUGCCUGCACCGCCCC